AACAGUUCCAUUGGAUUAGUCGAAUCACGUACCGAACUCAUUUUUCGUGUCAAAUUACAAGUCAGAAUCGUUGAACGUCGUCGUCGCCGCAUAGAAUGCACAGCACAUUUAAGUCACCGAUCCAGAAACGUCCGUCACCAUCACGUGUCAUUUCUCCGGCCGGUUGUCAGUUGGCUCAAAGAUGGCCAGCGCUUCUUGGUGGGUAAUAGUGGUCGUGUUUCUUCUUCAUCCGGCGACGACGGCUACACCGAUAUGGUCCAGUUAUCCAUUUCGUCCGUCCAACGUGAAGAUGAGGGAAUAUACCAAUGCCUGGCAUCCAAUGACGAAGGAGAUUGGGCCCAAGCAUCGGCCCAGCUGGCCAUUGGAGCAUUUCCUCCUCAUUUGAAAGAAACGUUCAGUCGGCAAGUUGUACAUCCGGGAAGUUCAGUCUCGUUGAAAUGUUUAGCCUCUGGCACUCCGCUGCCUCAUUUCACUUGGACGCUGGACGGGUUUCCGUUAUCGCCCGUUUCCGAACGAUAUUUCCUCGGCCAGCAGCAACAAACGGGUCACGACGAUCUUGUAGUGGCUCAUCUCAACAUAACCCACGUCCGAGUCGAAGACGGAGGCAAUUACAAAGCGUUUGUGGCGUUUGUGCGAACAGUGUGUAGCGGAGAAUCGAGUGGGUCGCGUAGAGCAUUCAGCCAAUUUGCAUAUUUAAAAAAAAAAAAAUUAAUAACCAACUUCAAUUCAAUGGCAGUUUGA